AUGCUGCUGAGCGGCUGCGGCGGCGUGCGAGAUGAACUGCUGCUGCGACUCGUUCGCGCACACACGACGUCCGCCGGGGUCGCCCGCUCCUAUCGCACUGCUGCUCCGGCUGCUGGUACGGCUGCUGCUGCUGCUCCGGCUGCUGCUGCUGCUGCUGGAUCCAGUCGCACCUGCUUCUUGGGCGGCGGCAACAAUGGCAAGGGCCGCGCUGGCGAUCGAGCGCCACUCCAGCCAAGACAAACCGCCGCUGCGCCUGGCGACGAGCACUGCCGAGCACGCGCUGUGCCGCGCCCAUCCGCCAUGCAAAUCCAUGGUCUCCAGGAGGGUCUUCUGAACCCAUCAAUGCUGGCGGGCGGGGCGUCCGUCGCACUCUCUGCUGUGACACAACCACGCGCACGAGCAGCUCGCUCAUCACUGUCGUCGCUGCCGUUCGGACUGGGAUUGGCCGCGUUCGGGUGCUCGUUCUCCUCGAUCGCCACGCAUGGUGCAAGCGUCGCCGCUGCGCAGUCGCGGAAAGAAGCCGCUUCUGUCGCAACGAAGAAGGCAAAGGCAAAGGCGAAAGAGGCAGCCACGAAACCGGUGCCGGCGGGUCUGAGCAGCUCGGAUUCAACUACUGCCGGCGACGAAGAAGCCAGUGAUCAACCCAAUGCUCGUCGUGCAAAGUCGCGGAAAACUGGUGCCGCGACAACGUCGCAAAGCACUGGCGCAAAGACGAAUGCUACUAAAGCGCCAGCCACGAAACCAGCGAGUUUGAGCAGGUCUGAUUCGACGACUGCUGCUGCUGCUGCUGCUGCUGCUGCCGGCGACAAAACGGAUGGCGCUCCUCGCCCAAAGUCGCCAGAAGCGAGCGCCACUGUCGAAGUCGCACCGCAACCAGCGAGUUCGAGCAGCCCAACUGGUGCUCUUCGUCCCGUCAUGCAGCCCAACCGCGUCAAUCGAGCAAUACGAGAAGCUCGAGCUGGCGGAGAUCCAGCCGCACUCGCGAUUGUCGAGGAUAAAAAGAGGCGCGCGCGGUCUCAGGCGAUACGGUCGAGGUUGCACAGUACAAUUUCGGGUUUUACCACCUCACGAACCGUGCUCAAGCGCACCUUUCUUGCUCCCGAAGCGCGGCUCAAGUGUCCCGAAUGCUCCAACACGUAUGCGCAAGGGUUUUUGCUCAAGCUGCACAUUUUGAACGAGCACCGUCCGCACACCAUCAAGUGCUUCCAUUGUGAAUUCACGGCGGGCCAUCUGACGACGCUUCACUCGCACAUCCGGCGCAAUCACGCGACCCUGCUGGAAUGUCCGUACUGCACGGCCAGCUUUUCAAAGCUGACCCAUGCCGAAUCUCACAUCAGUGCGUGCCACUUGCAGACACUGCACCAAUGUGAGAUUUGCGAGUACACGACCAACCUUGGUCACCGCGCCGUUUUCAACCACAUGCGCAUCGCGCAUUCGUUCAGCUUGCGCUGCCAUGUUUGCGGCGUGAUUUGCCAUUCGCCGGAGCUGCUGGUGCAGCACAUUGAGCACAAGCACAACGAAACCAUGUGGGGCAACCGCGCCCAACGCUCGUGCGAAGUCUGCGACGAAGUCUUUGUGUUUGAACCACAGCUCGCGGGUCACAUGCGCGACAAGCACCCGGAGACUGCCAUCCAAUGCCCCGAUUGCCACCAUGUGGCCUAUGGCGAGACCGAGCUCCAGAGACACAAAGUGUACGUUCAUGGUCCCGAAGGCGUUUCCUCAAUCAACGAAUCCCUGAUCACACCGCCAGAAAAGCAGCCAGCAGGCUACCGCACAAAGUUGUCUCGACGCCAGUUCUUGCUACAGCAGCUAGAAGCCGCCGGAGCUCAGCAGAGCGCUGCCGCUGCCCUACAAGUCGAGCUUGAUCAGGCUGAGCUUGAUCGGGACGAGCCUGCUCAGGUGCACUUACUGCAGCCCCAGUCCCUUAUUUCUACAUACGCUCGAGCUCGAGAUUGUCGAAAUGCGGCGCCGUUCAAUCUCAGCAUUGACGACGGGCGUCCUUCGGUUGCUCGUGCUGCUCUUCUGCGCCGUCGUCAUCACUCUGCUGCUGCUGCUGCUGUGGCUGCACCCGCACCUGCACCAGUCAACGAGAUUGACAAAGCAGCUGCAGUCCCAGCAGACCGCCAGCAGCAACGCGGCGCCGAACCUCGAGCCGAACAUGGAGCCAAACCAGUGCUGCUGCUCGACCCACCGCUCCCGCCGCUGACCGUCCUCCCGCUGCAUGGAAACGGUCUCCUGGGCUACACGGUGACGGCCACAGUCCAGACGGCAAUCGGCCCGUCGGACGACGACCUCGACCGGUUUGAGCUGCUUGUGGACACGGGUUCGACGUCGCUCGCUGUGAGUGGCAGCGACUGCUGCGGGCCAUACGUCACCCCGGGCGUCAACUGGCGCUCAUCCAGGGUCCUCGGCCAUGCUAAAAUGCGGUACGGAUUUGAAGGCGCGCGCAGUGGAUGGGACGGUGUUGUCAUCCAGUCUCGCGUCUCGCUGCUGGAUGCGAUGGGAACGCCCGCCGCAGCCGCUCAGAUGCCAGUCGCAGUGAUCACAGCAGAGCAAGAUUUCUUUGCCGAGGCCAAGGUCAAGACCCGGUCGCACAUGAAUGGCAUUCUUGGGCUUGCCUACCACGUCAUGGGAUCCAAGUACAAUGACAAGGACGACGACGAUGACGACGACGACGACGAGCACGAUGCAGAGCACAAAAGCACAAAGUACCGGCUCGAUUCGUUUGUGGCGGCCGCAGUCUCAACACCAAAUUCGAACGUCUCUGCAGAUGUGUUUUCGAUGCAGCUAUGCGCGACUGGUGGUGAAAUGAUCUUAGGAGGCAUCAAGCCCGACGCAAUUUCUUCGCCGGUGUAUCAUGUUCCUGUGGUUUCAAAAACCCUCUUCUUUGUGCGCAUGUUGGACAUGCUCGUCGGAGCUCAACGGAUUGGCGUCAAGCCCGAAAGCUUCAUGGCACCUGGGGUGGCUUCGGGUGCGAUUGUGGACUCUGGCACGACCUACCUCACCCUGUCUUCUGCGGCCUUUUCGGCAUUGGUCGCAAAAGUCAAGCUCGGCGUGUGUGCGUCAUGUACGGCCAACUCGAGCGACGCAGUCUGCACCGUGGUUUGCAAGCCCAAAUCGACCUUCUUUAGCGGAACGGUGGAUGGUCGCGUCGCUGUCCCGCUCAAUCCGUGCGCGUGGCCGGAUAUCACCAUCAUUAUCGAGUCCCACGAAGGAAACGCAGCUGCCACGCAUAUUGCUCUUGUCGAUGCGGUCGAGCAGCACUUUGCGUAUGCGGGCGUACCCAUCACCAAGCCAUUGGACAUUCCUCGCGCUGCAAACCAAUCGGCUCGUCUGCCCCAGACGGCCAUUGCCCUGACAGUGCCAGCGUUUAGUUAUCUGCACUGCAAGCAAGACUGCUCGAGCGGCACAUGCACGUGUGCUCUUGACGCUGCCACAAAGCUACCGCUGUACUCGUUUUCAGUCCAAGACAGCGGUGAGCAUGGUGUCUCUGUUCUAGGAAACACUUUCAUGGAACCUUUUGUGACACUGUUUGACAAGCAGCUCCAUCGUGUCGGUUUUGCGAUCAAGAGUGCAUGUCGAACAAUCGAUACAGUGUGCCCAGCUCGGGCAGCAUCCGCCAUUGGUCUUGUUGAAGGAGCAACGGCUUACACGUACGAAUUCGACGACGACGACGAUGAGGAUGAAGAGCAGGAAAAAAUCGUCACCUCGAUGCUGUCACUCGUUGCGGUGGUGCUCGUUUGUGGGCUGGUUGCGACGGGAGUAUCUGCAUGGCGCACAAACAGGCAGCACAGCGAGGAAGCCACCACCACCACCACCACCACCACCACCACUCCUGUGCAGGUUCCACAGCGUCGUGCCGAAAGCUCGCUUCCAAAUGACGAAGAGGCCAACAGCCGGCUUCUUAGCGACACGGAUGAUGACGCCGACGAAGACACAGCCUUUCGCGAUGAUUCUGGCAAUCAAGCCUUUGCGCUGCGAGAAAUCCGGCCCUCGGCGACGUGA